UGUUUUUAUGACCACCUCUUUCUCUUUGUGUACAUUCUGAAUCCUGCAGGUUCCUUCCACCUGAUCAGGAUGCUGCUGGACGAGUACAUCCUGCUCGCUCUGGAGACUCAGUUCAACAACGACAAGGAGCAGGCCCUGCGGAACCUGCUGGACAAAUACAUGAAAAACGCAGAUGCCAGUAAAGCCGCGUUCAUGGCUUCUCCUAGCUCCUGCUUUCUAGCCAAUCGUAACAAAGCCAGUGUUGCCGUCGACCAAUCGGUGAAGAACGAGUCCCUGGGAGGCCACGCCUACAUGUCUCUGUCAACCAAUCAGCAGCACCAAAGUCUGGAAACCAACACUGUCAUUUACCAGGGGGCGGAACCUGCAGGGUUUACAGUUUCAGGUGUGCAGAUGGACUUCUCUCAGGUGAGCGGCCCCCUCAUGACGCCCCCCAUCUCUCCGGCAGCGUUAGUGCACCGAGGCUCCGUCAUCAACCAGGGGCCCAUGACAGGGAGACCCCUGACGUCUACGUCUUCGUCCUCCACCUGCUCCUCCGCCUCUUCCUCCUGCCUGUCUUCGCUCAGUGCCAUGACCCAGCCAAGCCCCUGCUCUUCUUACCCGGAGACCCUGUAUCACUGCUUACCUCAGACCAGCUCCAGUUACUUCCCUCCUGUCAGCAGCUCCUCGGCCUCCAACUACCAGAGUGCUCUCAGGCCUCAGACUCAGACUCAGUGUCUGUCUGCAGCUCAGUCUCAGGCCUCAUCGCUGGCCUACCAUCUCUCUCGGUACCCGUCCUUCAACGACCAGCACCUGAAUAAAGACGUCUUCUACAGCCACCAUCACUCGUCCAACAGCUCCACCUGCUCCCUCACCCCUUAUAACACCGCGGUCAGACCCACAUCGGGGUACAGCACGGGCUCUGAUCCGGUUCAGACUGAACAGGGACUGGACGCACAGACAGCGGCUCAGAUUCUGGACUCUGCAGAGGGGUUCGGCUUUGUGGGGGCUGGACUGAACAACACAGGCGGGGGAUGUCAGGGACAGACUUACUCUGCAGCGGGACAUGGAGGUUUCUUCGGCAACAGCGGUUACCUGGACAGCCAGCGCAUGACAUCACUGGUGGACCAGCACGUGUCUGUGAUCAGCACGGUGAGCAGCCUGCGCCCGUUUUCGUCAGCUUACUCUGAGGUCCACGAUCCGCUCAACAUCCUGGACGAGCCGGGGAGGAAAACGACGGGAGCUUAUUUUACCCAGGCUGAAACUGGGACAGAUCAUUCCCUCCCCUCGUCAGGAUCUGCUCCCUGCAUGUUUGGAGUUUCCUCGCCCUUCACCUCCCAGGAUGCACUGCUCUCCCAGCAGCGUGGGCCUUCAUCCUCUGAGGUACAGGACCUGGUGUCUUCACUUCCCCCCAUCAACACCGUCUUCAUGGGAGCAGGGGGAGUACAAUGACCCAGAAGCCCACAGCACAUGAUGCACAAAAGCAGUGCAGGGUUUGUAUAAAAUCAAGGACAUCUGAACGAGUGAGAGACGAGAACACAUGGAACAUUUAAAACUGGAGGAUCUUAACUCUGAAGUAAAGUAUGAACUUAAGUGACAGGAGCCGGGAUGUUCCUGCACAAGAAUAAAAAGACGUAUAGAGAAAGACUACAGUGUCACAUCUGUAUGGAUUUAAAGGAAGACAUUCCCAUUAAAUUAUUGGCAAAUAUCAAUUAGAAUCAUCAAAACUAUGUCAACAGCCCCUCUGAUACUGAUAUUUAUCCUCUUUUUGGAAAUAAUCCAGCGGUGUUUUUCUUACUAAACGCUGUACUUAACGUAGGACUUCCAUUUCCCCUGUCUGUAAA